AUGCUCCAGUUUGGUCAAAGAGCCGGGGCUUGUGCGCAGUUACAGUUACAUGAGGAGGCCUUAAACUGGUGUCUGAAAGGGCUAACAGUAUCCUUUUAUGUUACAAACAUAAGUGAUCAUGUGAGCAAGUUAUUGGUGAAUGCUGAAGUUUCGACAACCCCCAAAACUCCAAAAACUGUGGGUAUUGCGUUCGAAAAGCACCAUACUAAAUUACAAACAAUCGCACAUCAGGAGCGUGAUCUUAAACUUGCCAAAGAAAUAGGAGGAAAAACUGGAGAGCGAACAGCAGAUGCAAAUAUUGGCAAUGGGUAUGAUAGUCUCUACAAUUUUGAAAGGGCCAUCAAACACCACGAGUGUCACCUAAAAACUGCAAAAGAAGUGGGAGACAAAGCUGGAGAGGGACACGCCUCUGAAAAUCUUGGUAAUGGUUAUCAUACGCUUGGCGAUUUUAGGAAGGCCAUUGAGCACCAUGAAAAUCAUCUAAAAGUUGCUAAAGAAGUAGGAGUCAAAGCUAUGGAGGGACAGGCCUAUGCUUAUCUUGGCAUUGACUAUGAUCGCCUUGGCGAUUUUAGGGAGGCCAUUGAGCACCAUGAGCGUUGUCUAAAAAUUUCUCAAGAAGUGCGAGACAAAGGUGGAGAGGGACGGACUUAUGCUAGUCUUGGCAACGGGUAUUUUAGGCUUGGUGAUUUUAAUAAGGCCAUUGAGCACUAUGAGCGUCAUCUAAAAAUUACUCAAGAAGUGGGAGACAAAGCUGGGAAGGGACGGGCCUAUGCAAAUCUUGGCAAUGCCUAUUUUGAGCUUGGCGAUUUUAGGAAGGCCAAUGAACACCAUGAAUGUCAUCUAAAAAUUGCAAAAGAAAUAGGGGACAAAGCUGGAGAGGGAGGGGCCUGUGCAAAUCUUGGCAAUACCUAUCAUAGCCUUGGCGAUUUUAGGAAGGCCAUUGAGUACCAUGAGAAUCAUCUAAAAGUUGCUAAGGAAGUGGAAGACAAAGCCAUGGAGGGAGAGGCCUACGCUAAUCUUGGCAUUGACUACGAUAGCCUUUGCGAUUUCACGAAGGCCAUUGAGUAUCAUGAGCAUUGUCUAAAAAUUGCUCAAGAAGUGGGAGACAAAGCAGGAGAGGAACGUGCCUAUGCAAAUCUUGGCAAUAGCUGUUUUGGGCUUGGCGAUUUUGGGAUGGCCAUUGAGUACCAUGAGCGUUGUCUAAAAAUUACUCAAGAAGCGGGAGACAAAGCUAAAGAGGGACGUGCCAAUGGAAAUCUAGGCAACGGCUAUUUUGGGUUUUGCGAUUUUAGGAAAGCCAUUGAGCACCAUGAGCCUUAUCUAAAAAUUACCCAAGAAGUAAAAGACAAAGCUGGAGAGGGUGGGGCCUAUAGAAAUCUUGGCAAUGCCUAUCAUAGGCUUGGCAAUUUUAGGAAGGCCAUUGAGCACUAUCAGCGUUGUCUACAAAUUGCCAAAGAAGUGGGAGACAAAGCUGGAGAAGGACAGGCCUAUGUAAAUCUUGGCAAUGGUUAUCAUAGGCUUGGCGAUAUUAGGAAGGCCAUUGAGCACUAUGAGUGUCAUCUAAAAAUUGCCAAAGAAAUGGGAGACAAGGCUGGAGAGGGAAAGGCCUCUGAAAAUCUUGGUAAUGGCUAUCGUAGGCUUGGCGAUUUUAGGAAGGCCAUUGAGCACCAUGAGAAUCAUCUAAAAGUUGCUAAAGAAGUGGAAGACAAAGCCAUGGAGGGAGAGGCCUAUGCUAAUCUUGGCAUUGACUAUAAUAGAAGUGGGAGACAAAGGNGGAAGGCCAUUGAGCACGAUCAGCGUUGUCUACAAAUUGCCAAAGAAGUGGGAGAUAAAGCUGGAGAGGGAGAGGCCUAUGUAAAUCUUGGCAAUGGUUAUCAUAGGCUUGGCGAUAUUAGGAAGGCCAUUGAGCACUAUGAGCAUCAUCUAAAAAUUUCCAAAGAAGUGGGAGACAAAGCUGGAGAGGGACAGGCCUCUGAAAAUCUUGGCAAUGUCUAUCGUAGGCUUGGCGAUUUUAGGAAGGCCAUUGAGCACCAUGAGAAUCAUCUAAAAGUUGCUAAAGAAGUGGAAGACAAAGCCAUGGAGGGAGAGGCCUAUGCUAGUCUUGGCAUUGACUAUGAUAGCCUUGGCGAUUUUUGGAAGGCCAUAGAGCACCAUGAGCGUUGUCUAAAAAUUGCUCAAGAAGUAGGAGACAAAGCUGGAGAGGGACGGGCCUAUGCCAAUCUUGGCAAUGGCUAUUUUGGGCUUGGUGAUUUUGGGAUGGCCAUUGAGCACCAUGAGCGUUGUCUAAGAAUUACUCAAGAAGUGGGAGACAAAGCUAAAGAGGGUCGGGCCUAUGGAAAUCUUGGUAACGGCUAUUUUGGGCUUUGCGAUUUUAGAAAAGCCAUUGAGCACCAUGAGCGUCAUCUAAAAAUUGCUGAAGAUGUGAGAGACAAAGCUGGAGAGGAAGGGGCCUAUAGAAAUCUUGGCAAUGCCUAUCAUAGGCUUGGCGAUUUCAGGAAGGCCAUUGAGCACUAUGAGCGUCAUCUAAAAAUUUCCAAAGAAGUGGGAGACAAAGCUGGAGAGGGACGGGCGUCUGAAAACCUUGGUAAUGGCUAUCGUAGGCUUGGUGAUCUUAGGAAGGCCAUUAAGCACCAUGAGAAUCAUCUGAAAGUUGCUAAAGAAGUGGGAGACAAAGCUAGGGAGGGAGAGGCCUAUGCUACUCUUGGUAUUAACUAUGAUAACCUUGGCGAUUUUAGGAAGGCCAUUGAGCAUCAUGAGAAUUGUCUAAAAAUUGCUCAAGAAGUGGGUGACAAAGCUGGAGAGGGACGGGCCUAUGCAAAUCUGGGCAACGGCUAUUUAGGGCUUGGCGAUUUUAGGAAGGCCAUUAAGCAACAUGAGCGUCAUCUAAAAAUUGCUCAAGAAAUGGGAGACAAAGCUGGAGAGGGAGGCGCUAAUGCCAAUCUUGGCAACGGCUAUUUUGGGCUUGGCGAUUUUAGGAAGGCCGUUGAGCACCAUGAGCGUCAUCUGAAAAUUGCUCUAGAAGUGGGGGACAAAGCUGGGGAGGGCGGGGCCAAUGGAAAUCUUGGCAAUGCCCAUCAUAGGCUUGGCGAUUUUAGAAAGGCCAUUGAGCACCACGAGCGUCAUCUGAAAAUUUGUAAAGAAGUGGGAGACAAAGCUGGAGAGGGACGGAGCUAUGGAAAUCUUGGCAAUGGCUAUCAUAGGCUUGGCGAUUUUAGGAAGGCCUUUGACCACUAUGAGUGUUGUCUAAAAAUUGUCAAAGAAGUGGGAGACAAAGCUGGAGAGGGACAGGCCUAUGCAAAUCUUGGCAAUGGGUAUUUUCGCCUUGGCGAUUUUAGGAAGGCCAUUGAGCACCACGAGCGUCAUCUGAAAAUUUGUAAAGAAGUGGGAGACAAAGCUGGAGAGGGACGGAGCUAUGGAAAUAUUGGCAAUGGCUAUCUUAUGCUUGGCGAUUUCAAGAAGGCCAUUGAGCACCAUGAGCGCGAUCUGAAAAUUGCUAAAGAAGUGGGAGACAAAGCUGGAGAGGGACGGGCCUAUGGAAAUCUUGGCAAUGGUUAUUUUGGGCUUGGCGAUUUUAAGAAGGCCAUUGAGUACCACAAGCAUCAUUUAAACAUUGCUAUAGAAGUGGGAGACAAAGCUGGAGAGGGACGGGCCUAUGGAAAUCUUGGCAAUGACUAUCAUAGCCUUGGCGAUUUUAGGAAGGCCAUUGAGCACCAUCUGCGUCGUCUAAAAGCUGCGAAAGAAGUGGGGGACAAAGCUGGAGAGGGACAGGCCUAUGGAAAUCUUGGCAAUGACUAUUAUAGCUUUGGCGAUUUUAGGAAGGCCAUUGAGCACCAUGAGCGUCAUCUAAAAAUUGCUAAAGAAGUGGGAGACAAAGCUGGAGAGGGACAGGCCUAUGGAAAUCUCGGCAUUGAUUAUUAUAGUCUCGACGAUUUUAGGAAGAGCACUGAGCACCAUGAGCGGCAUCUGAAAAUUGCCAAAGACGUGGGAGACCAGGCCGGAGAGGGACGGGCCAAUGCAAAUCUUGGCACUAACUAUUUUGGGCGUGGCGAUCUUAAGAAGGCCAUUGAUUUUUAUACAUCCAGUUUGACAAUGUAUAACGAAGUCAGAGCUUCCCUCCAGUUUAAAGACGAGUGGAAGAUUAGCUACAGGGAAACCUACAAUCAUACCUAUAGAAAAUUGUGGCGUCUUUAUUUAAACCAAGAUCAGGUUCUUAAUGCCUUGUUUACUGCCGAGAAUGGACGGGCGCAAGCCUUACAGGAUCUCAUGGAGGCAAAGUACACCUUUCGACAAGAAAACGUGGCUUGUUUAUCUCCCUCACUACAGUCAGCUGUAUUCAACCUUAGAUUUAUGCCAUCGACAACAGUUUUUAUAGCAUAAAGUGAGGAAGAAAUUGUCUUCUGGGUCAUACAAAGUGAUAACAAAGUCGACCUUAGAAAAAAGGAAGUAUAUGGCUGCGUUUCAGAUAAAGAAGUGAGAGAAUUCAUCUCGACUCUAAACCAUAAUGCUCUUGUAGAAAUUGCUGCAAGAUCUUCCCUUACCUGUGAGAAUCGCUCUCUUUAUGAGAAUCAUAAUAAAGAAUUGACAACUGAAAGAGCCCCUGCCAGUGUGUCUCGCUGUGAUUUACGAAAAGAAAGCUUAAGGAAAUUAUAUGACUUCAUCCUCGCUCCUAUUGCAGACCUGGUUGAUGGAGAUGACCUUAUACUUGUACCCGAAGGUCCGUUUUGUUUGGUCCCCUUCGCUGCACUGGUGAACCCGAAUAUGCAGUAUUUAUCGGAAACAUUUAGGAUCCGUGUGAUCCCAUCCCUGACUACCUUGCAGUUGGUUACUGAUUGUCCAGAAGACUUUCACAAAAAGACUGGUGUACUACUUGUGGGAGAUCCGUGCUUAGAGGAAGUUCUCUUUAAGGGGAACAAGUAUUAUCAGCUGCCAUUUGCAAAGCAAGAAGUAGAGAUGAUCGGAAGAAUCCUCGAUGCCACCCCACUCAUUGGAAAAAAGGCAACAAAAGAUGAAAUUUUAAAGCGACUCUCCACAGUCGCUUUAGUACACAUCGCUGCACAUGGUGAUAUGGAAAAGGGUGAAAUACUCUUGGCACCAAACCCUACCAGGGAAUCCUAUCAGCCUAUAGAGAAAGACUUUUUACUAACAAUGACAGAUGUUUCAGAAGCUCAUCUACGGGCAAGACUAGUUGUGCUUAGUUGCUGCCAUAGCGCUCAUGGAGAAAUAAGGGCAGAGGGGGUAGUUGGCAUCGCACGAGCAUUUUUAGGCGCCGGUGCUCGUUCCGUUCUGGUGUCCCUGUGGGGGAUUGACGACGUGGCUACUUUCCAGUUCAUGAAACAUUUAUACGAAGAACUACUCAAAGGAAAAAGGGUCAGUCAAGCUCUUCAACAAGCCAUGCGACGUAUGAGAGAGUCUGAAACUUUCAAGGAAGUUAAGUACUGGGCGCCCUUCAUUCUCAUUGGAGAUGAUGUCUCACUGGAACUGAAGUGAACUGAUGACAACCAAAUACUGCCCAAUGUAAAUAUUAUUUUGAAGUCACUUCGUUCUUAAAAUGACUGAUAUAUUAAUUG